CACACCGUCACCGCGGAGAUUUCGGCCAUGCGCUCCUCUGUCAUCCGCCGCGCAAGUGCGCUCACCCGUAGGACAAACGGAUUUUCGUCCAAUGUAGCUGCUGGAAUCAGGUUCGCUAGUGGUCGCUGGACCGCGGACAAGGUCCCAGCCGGGCCUGCGGAUCCCAUCCUUGGAUUGAACGACGCCUUCAACAAGGACACCUUCGAGAAGAAGAUCAACCUUGGUGUUGGUGCCUACCGCGAUGACAACGGAAAGCCCUGGGUUCUGCCCUCCGUCAAGGAGGCCGAGAAGAGGUUGAUUGAGAAGGGAUGGAACGGUGCCUACCAGAAGGAGUACGCUGGCAUCACUGGUAUCAAGGAGUUCAACGAUGCCUCCGUGUUGUUCGCCUACGGCUCUGCUGGCAAAGUGAUCGAAGAGGGAAGGCUUGCUGUUGCCCAGGUUCUCUCCGGAACCGGAGGAGGCAGGCUUGCCUUUGAAUUCUAUGCCCGCUUCGUGGGCAAGAACGUCCCUAUCUACAUGCCCGAUCCCACCUGGGCCAAUCAUCUCCCCAUGGCCAAGGACGCUGGCCUGUCCCUGCAGACUUACCGCUACUACGACAAGAACACUGUCGGCCUCGACUUCAACGGGCUGUGCGAGGACGUGAACAAUGCCAAGGAUGGAUCUAUUUUCAUGUUUCACGCCUGCGCUCACAACCCCACUGGUGUUGACCCCACCAUCGAGCAGUGGAAGGAGAUCUCCUCACUGUUGAAGAAGAAGAACCACAUGGUCUUCUUGGACAUGGCCUACCAGGGUUUUGCUAGCGGAGACGCUGACGAGGAUGCCCGUGCUCUUCGUAUGCUUGUCGAGGAUGGACACGACAUCAUCCUCGCUCAGUCUUUCGCUAAGAACUUCGGAUUGUACGGUGAGCGUGUCGGAUGCUUCAGCAUGGUCGCUGGCAGCAAAAACGAGGCUGAGCGCCUUCUCAGCCAGAUCAAGAUUCUCAUCCGCCCCAUGUACUCCAACCCCCCCAUCCAUGGAGCUAGAAUCGUUGCCACCGUCCUCAACGACCCCGCUCUCAACAAGCAGUGGUAUUCCGAGUGCAAGUCCAUGGCCGACCGCAUCAUUGACAUGCGCAAGCUGUUGAAGUCUAACCUUGAGAAGGAGGGAUCCACCCGCAACUGGGACCACGUCGUGAAGCAGAUCGGCAUGUUCUGCUUCUCUGGUCUUAACCCGGAGCAGGUCGACAGGCUCAAGAACGAGUAUCACAUCUACAUGACCAAGAACGGACGUAUCUCCAUGGCUGGCGUCACUUCCAAGAACGUCGAGUACCUUGCGCAUGCCAUGCACCAGGUCUCCAAGUAAAUGCACUCCUGAGUUUCAAAACCGUUGCUUGCAAUGUAAUCAGUCUUUUAAACUGCAAUCUUCG